CAACAUUGUUUAAAAAUUAUUUACUCAGCCGAUGUGUGAGGACAAACAUCCUAUUGUCACCAGCUUUAGCUGCACUUCUAACGAACCUUGCAUGUGACAGUAUGCCACUAACGAUAUCUCAGCAGGAGCUGCACCGUGUUUGGACAUUCAGCAUGCAUGUUUGAGAGACAGUAUUGACUCGGACAUUAUUGUGACAGCGGCUAAUGGAGGAUUUACCGUAGGGUAGGUUUCCUCUCGAGAAACAGGAUGAUCGUGCCAUUUUGGCACGGACUUGCUCCCUUCUCUGAUGCUCUCAGCCCUAAAGAAGACUUAAUAACAGGAUCGUAGUCGAAUUGGAUACCAGCCCUUUUUAAAAUUAGUCAUUGUUUUUUUUUUUUUACAUGAGCGGGAAGUGAGUGUAAAUGUCCGCCGUAGCCAUUUUAAUAACUGUUUUGCUUUUUAUCUUGGCCUAUUUCUAAGGCUUUCGACAUGGUAGGAUUGUACAGUGACCAAUCUCAUGAAGGAAAGCUUGUGGUAUGGGUAUAAUUCAUGGUAUAGGCUAAGUACAGUUAAAGAACAUAGCCUAGUUCUAGCCAUUUUUUCUUAUUUUCUUAAUUUUUUCAAGGCUAUAUCCUAAAAAAAUAAAAGUGUAAUUGCUGUUGCUGUAUGCUACCCAUAUCCAUUGACUAAAAUGUAUUGGCCUGCAUUAAUACUUGAGGGUCUUGUAUCUUCACCAGAUCAGAUAAACAUCUGAUCAUUAGACUGUUUCUGUUGCUAGGUGGUGCUCUUACAACAUGUAUAAUUUUAAAUGUUGCUAUGAUAUUUAAUGCAUUGGAAAGAAUUUGAGUAUGCCAGUCACUCAUAAGCUAAACUGCAAAAUUAAAGACUAACAUAGCCCGUAUGAAAGGUGUAUAUAAAAUCAGUUAAAGUCACUAUAUCAAUUUAGUAUCAAAGAUCAAAAUAUGCAGAAAAAGAAGGUGUGAUUUAUAUAUAUAUAUUUUUUUAAAGUAGUCUAUCAUGUGUUUUAGUUCCUACUACAUUGCAUAUUUAUAAGAAAUCGAUGUUUGAUCAAUCCAAUCCAGAAUAAUUUAAAUGUAUGUAAAGGUGAAAAAAGAUACAAAUGAAAGGUCUGGGUCAGGUGAUUUUAGUAUACACAUUGAAAAGUAAUCCUAUUGUGCUUGUUGUUUUCAGCCCUGUCUUUGAGGACCUCAUUAUCUGCUGCUUACAUUUGUUCUUUUUUAAAUAUAGAUUAUUGAGACGUAAGCCCCAUUGUCCUCGUGUGAUGUGGCAGAAUUUUCUCCUUGCUGUAUUGGGUCAUCUAAGGUUUCAUGUAAGGGGAGGUGGGGCCUCAGAGAGCUGUAGGCCAGACUCUCUCCUGGAUUAAAGCAAUUCUUCACCCAUCAUAUUAUUGGGAACGUUGGAUUCUAUUUCUUGAUAUUUUUUACAAGAAUGGCCGAGUUGUCAGAAGCAGACAUGCUCUGCAAUGCCUCUGCCAGUGGACAACUACCAGAUGUGUUGAUUUUGCUUCAAAAUGGAGCCGAUGUUAAUGGAUUCAAUACUUUCAACAGAACUGCAUUGCAGGUGGUGAAGUUGGGGGACACUGCACUUGUUGAGGCCCUCCUCGAGGCAGGGGCAGACCCCAACGUGCCCGACCCGGUCCUGAAUCUCACCGUGACCCACGACGCCGCACGCGAGGGCUUUAUAGAUUCUGUGCGCGUGCUUGUGGACCACGGCGCAAACACGAACCUCGUCGAUGGACACGGUAACCUGCCGCUGCACCUGGCCGCCAGGGAGGGCCACCUUGACGUGACGCAGCUGCUGAUUGAAUGCACCGCCAACCCCCAAACCGCCAACGGCGAGGGAUACACAGCCGGAGAGCUCGCGCUCCUCUACGGGAAUACUGACACCUUCAAUUUCAUCCAGGAAUAUUUGGGUGCACAUUGAAGGACAACGAAGACGAAGA